AUGUUACAUAAAUCAUGGGUUUGCGCCCGGGUGGUAACUUUAGCUAGUUCUUCGCAGAGAGCGUCAUUGCGACUGUUUAGCUCUUUGGCCCGUCUUAAUUUCAAGUCGUCUUUCGCCGCUAGAAAUACGAUAUCUGUCACUGAUGAAUCUGCCGUCAGAGAAGAUGCUACUAAAGAAAACCUCGCUGUUCCAUCCACAGAAAUUACCUUGCCACAAUUCUUGAAUGAUGAUCGUUUCCACGGCUGUCUCAAAAAAUCUGUGAAAGAUUUGCUGUUCACUGAGUUCACACCUGUUCAACAGAGAGCCAUCUUGCCAUUCAUCUCUGAGGAGGGUGUGGUUUGUAAGGCAAAGACCGGUACCGGUAAAACCUUGAGUUUUGUCAUUCCUUUACUUAAUCGUUGUUUGGAUGAUAUGGAAACCAAAGCCAAGCCAGGGAUCAAGGGUCUUAUCAUCGCUCCUACUAGAGACUUGGCUCGCCAGAUUUACGAGGACAUAUUGAAGCUCACAAACUCUCACUCAAAAAUGAAAAGAAAUAUUAAGACUGAACUUUGGUGUGGUGGUACUCAAUCCAUGCGCCCAAGAGGUAGAAAUUUCGGUCCACCCCAAAUCGUAAUUGGAACCCCUGGUAGAAUCUUGGACAAUCUCAACAGAAAUAGUCGUCCGUUCGCCAGCUUGGAAUAUCGUGUCUUCGAUGAGGCUGAUCGUCUUUUGGAUCAAGGUUUUGAGCAGGAAUUGGUCUCUAUCGAUGAAGCCCUCCAGGCUGCAAGAGAGCCAACCAUUGGACCCUUAAAGAACACACUUUUCAGUGCUACUGUGGAUGAUACUGUGAUCAACUUUGCUAAGUCUCAGAUUCAAGAGGACUUCAAGUACAUUAAUUGCGUUCAAGAGAACGAGACCGAAGCUCACAAGGCUAUCGAGCAGGAGCUUGUUCACACAGAGUCGCUUCACGACUCUGUUUCUGCAGCAAUUGACCAUGUCGUUGAGAAGAAAGCAUCUUCUAAGUACAAAGGCGUAUUCUUUCUUCCUACAAAAGUCAUUGUCGAAAACGUGUUCAACAUUGUCAGAGACCUCAGCAGCAGCAAGGGUGUUUGGCGUUUGCAUGGAGACAUGAGUCAAGCAAAGAGAGAUCGUACAACUGCCGAUUUCAAGAAAGCUUCGCAGGGUAUUUUGAUUUGUACUGAUGUCGCUGCAAGAGGUAUGGAUUUCAAGAAUAUCACUGAGGUCGUGCAGAUUGGUGUCAGUAGAGACACUGCUGACUACGUCCACAAAAUCGGAAGAACUGGCCGUGCUGGUGCUCUGGGUCAAGCCAAGUUGUAUUUGUCAUCUCCUGAAAUGCCGUUCGCUAGACGUUUGAAUAAAGACUUGGGAAUUGAAUUUUCUACAACCACCAAAAUUGAACCAGAGGAAGUUAAGCUGAUUUUCGAAAGAACUUCUGUUCAUCCAGAUGACGCUGAAGAGGUGGCAAUGAGUAUGCUUGGAGCACAAAAAGCCGUCGCAGAUGCAUUCCGUUUGGACAAAUUUUUAAUGAUCAAGGAUCUCGUUGACCUUUACAGAGCUAUGCUCAAUGAUCCUUCUGCUAAACUCUAUAUGACUGCUAAAAAGUUUAACAUGAUUGGUUUACCAACAAGUCUUGUCCCAGACCAUGUCGAGGUUGACGAUGAACGUCAAUUGAAGCAGAAGGGUCCUGGUCGCAGAGACAUGAGAAGACAAUUUGAAAGAAAUACCAGAGGCGGUAACUUCCAGCAUUAUGGUAGAAAUUCCUAUUCGUCGUAUAGCUCUCGCAGAAAUGAUCGGUUCUCGUCUUACAGAGAUGGAAACGAUGGCAGAAGCAAUAGAUCACAGGCUGAUUCUCUCCAAGAUUUAGAUUCCCACUACAGACAUGGCCACAGAUCUAAGAGAUCUUUCAGAUGA